GUCCCUGACUCAUCAUCAGCCAGACAUAUUGGGGAAGUUGAAAGCAAGAGAGAAGAAGACUUGGUUAAAAUAUGCCUUCUUCUUCUUCUUCUUCUACCAUAUUUCUGUUCAGUCUCGUAUUACUUGUUCUUUUCUGCAACACCAAGGGUCUCAUAAAGUUACCACCAAAUGAAACCGUCCCAGCAGUUAUAGCAUUUGGAGAUUCAAUCGCUGAUACGGGAAACAACAACCAUCUAAAAACUGUUGUUAAGUGCAAUUUCCCUCCCUAUGGGAAGGAUUUUCAAGGUGAAGUUCCAACUGGUAGAUUCGGCAAUGGAAAGGUCAUCUCAGACUUAAUAGCUGAGGAGUUGGGAAUCAAAGACCUCGUGCCGCCAUAUAUGGAUCCAAAUCUGCAGCCUCAAGACUUACUCACAGGCGUAUGCUUUGCUUCAGGUGGCGCAGGAUAUGAUCCCUUGACACCGCAAAUAGUGUCGGUCCUAUCAUUGGCGGAUCAAAUAGAAAUGUUCAAAGAAUACAUAUCAAAGCUUAAAGGAAUUGUUGGAGAAGAGAGGACAAACUUCAUCUUGGCCAAAAGUCUGUUUAUCGUGGUGGCGGGCAGCGACGACAUUGCCAAUACAUAUUUUGUCGCUCAUGCGCGGGAGUUGCAGUACGAUAUCCCUACUUACACUGACCUUAUGGUCACCAACGCUGCCAAAUUCUUGAAGGAAAUAUAUGGGCUAGGGGCUCGUAGGAUUGGAGUAUUGAGUGCACCGCCAAUUGGAUGUGUGCCAUCACAAAGAACUUUGGCCGGAGGAUUACAAAGAGGGUGUGCAGAAAAAUACAACGUAGCAGCAAAGUUGUUCAACGUUAAAUUGUCUUCGCAACUGAGUUCUCUUACCAAGAACCUGCCCAACAGCAGGAUAGUCUACAUUGAUGUUUACAACCCUCUACUUGAUCUCAUUCAAAACCCUACAAAAUAUGGGUUUGAGUUUGUGGAUAAGGGGUGCUGUGGGACAGGAGCUAUAGAGGUAGCUAUACUGUGCAACCCAGCGUCUCCCACCUGCUCAAAUGUGGCUAAAUAUGUGUUCUGGGAUAGUUAUCAUCCCACUGAAGCAGCAUACAGGGCCCUCAUUAAACCAGUCCUCGAAAAGUAUUUGAGUAGCUUCUUAUGAUCGAUCGAGGCACGUUGAAUUCGAUCUACAACUCUAAUCAAUUUCAAUUGGUCCGUCUUGGUCCUUCCCUCAAGUGCAACGGUGAUUUUGGCUUUUCCUUCGUUGGAGUAUUUUUGUUUAAGAUAUAUUUGAUUCAUAGAAAUAAUUAAAGAAACCCAUCUUAUAUUAUGUAUGUGUUCAGCACUCCCAUGGGAUCUGUCAAUUCAGAGAAUUUUUCUCGAAUUGAUGAUUUUCCCUCCAAAACAUAUGAAUGUAAGAUCGAUUGUUAAGUUAUUUAAGAAUUCAGUAAGUGUGGUUCAAAUCUCUCA